CAAUCAUCUUUCAGACACGCCUACCCGGGCACCCGCGAAACACUAAUCGAAUCCCCUCAUUGCAACAACGUUAAACUGCUCAUGUCAUCAUCCAAUCAGUGAAGACUUACCCCGGAAGGAAGCAACACCCCACCCACCGUGUGUUGUUGCUGUAAAAUGAAAUGAAUUGAAACUUCUCUAAAAAUUGUAAAUGUAAAUUUCACUAUCAUCAAUCCGAUUUGUUACAUUGUUUCCGGUGCGUAUCAUUUUCGGGAAUUUCGUUGAAGAGUGUAAGUAAGAUGGGGUAUAUGCAGGUAGAGGAGCACAAUUCCAACAUGUUACAUCUGAAAAGGUCACCUGGCAUCCGCUCCUGGUCGCUGCUUGUAGGUAUUGCGUCCAUUGGCCUGGCUGCUGCGUACUACACUUCAGACAGUAUCCUGUGGAAGCUGUUCUACGUGACGGGCUGUCUGUUUGUGGCCAUGCAGAACAUGGAGGAGUGGGAGGAGGCAGUGUUUGAUAAAACCAAGAAUGUGAUAGAGCUGAAGACCUUCAGUCUGUACACUGUGAUUCUCACCAUGUGGAGGAGAGGCCAGGAGAAAGUGGUGCUGGACAUGAGGCACCUGCGUGCCGUGUGUGUUCAGGAGGAGAAGGUGCGCUACCUGGGAAAGGGUUACCUGCUGGUGCUGCGGCUGACAACCGGUUUCUCCUACCCCCUCACACAGAGCGCCACCAUGGGGGGACGCAGUGAUGUGGAGGCGGUGGCUUCGUUGCUCAAGCGUUUCCUGGGUCUGGAGGAGCUGCAGAGUCACUGGGAGCAGGAGGAAGAGGAAGAGGAGGAAGAUGAGGAAGAUGACCCCAGCACUGACUCAGAAGAAGAGGGGGACUUUGAACCCUCAGUGCGGUAGUGAUGAGGAGAGGAAGCCACUGUAGACUUGAAAUGCACACAAACAUAUUUUACAGCAUUUCGUAGUAUUAUCCCUGAUACUGUAAAUGGCCUGAAGUACUCUCUUGAGUGGUUGUUUUCCACAGAAGAUUUAAACUAAAUCAUAGUUUGGUGUCUGGCCUGUUCUUAAAAAAAACAAAUUAUCAUUACUGUAUAGUAUCUGCGUUACACACCUAUCCUUAUAGUUACAGUGCCUUUUUAUUUAAAUGUAAUCAUUAUUUGUGUGGAAAAACUCAAAACUUCUGACAUGCCAACAGGAUAGGCAACACAUUGGUGUGUUUGAGACCACCCAAGAGCAUGACUCUGCUCACUACAACCAUCCAUCUGAAUGCAUGUGACCAUAAACUAUAAUCAAGCAUGAAUAAUUUCCAGGGAUCAAGUUAAGAAUAUUUAUAAAUGUCAAUACUUGCAUGUUCAUGUGUCUGUCAGCAUUCAUAGGUCUUAUUGCUAGGGCCGAACAGAAUCCGGGAAGGACGAUACAUCUUAAAAAUAUCUCCAUAUAAUCUGACAUGGUUUAAUAUUCAUAGAGAACGCUACAGAUUGUCUCAGGUAACAUUCCUGUCCAUAGACUGUAAUGUGUUAGUAAUAAUGUGUAUAUUUGACAGGAAUGCUGUAUUACAUUGCAUAUGGACGGUAAUAACUACUGUGUCUGUUAAUGAGAGGAAGGUGAGUGACGAUGCCUUGUGUUGCUUGAAAGAAAGACGAUGACUGAGAGAUUUGUAGGUUUAAACGUUGUUUUAUGUGUCCAGUUCCUGCUGGAUGACUGCAGGUACUGAUUUACCUUCUUUUAAAAGAAAAACUUUCAUACAUUUAUUUGUGCAUUUUUUUUUGUAAAAAAAAAAUGAAAGGGAAUUAAAUUA